GAUCUGAUUUUACUUUAUGUGUCAGGCUUGAUUAAACCCCCAUUGGGGGAACUUCUUUUUUCCUGAGCCCUAGAAGCAUGACAAAUGUUGAAAAAAAAAAAAAAAAAAAGGGCCAUGAUGCCAGAGUUUCAUCACCCCAUCCAGGAUCCCUGCCAAGGAAAAGUGAUGGAAAAAUAUAAAAAAAAUAAAAAAUUAAAAAUAAAAAACAAUAAGAAUAAUCAGACUGUACUGUUCUGAUGCAAACAUCUGUAUUGCUGUGUCUGUUGUUUCACAAAUUGUCAUGUAUUUUCCUUACUGGCUCGCUAAAAAUAGAGAAAAAAAGACUGUUAGUUUAGGUUGCCGUCUAAGUUUUCCAUAAAAGUGCAGAAUCUCUGGAGAAAAAUCCUGAAAAUGAUAAGAAUAUGAAAUGAAAUCAUAUGUUUUUGUCUCAGCAUGUCUUAAUGAAGUGUUUAUUACUUCCAGCGUCAGUGGGCGCUGCUGCGACGUGCAUCUCCCCUGUCCUCCUUUCUCCUCUGUGCAUCUCUAGUGCUCGCUCCCCUCCCCUCCUCAUCUCCGCCGCCUCCUGUCUUUCUCCUCCCUCUUUCUAUUCUCUCUAAUUCCUUCAUCCCUCCCCCUUUCCCCCCCUGCCUUUCUCUGUUGCACAGCCUCCCUUCCUUUCUCCCCUCACUCCUCCUGGCUCAGUCUGGAGCGCACGCAUGCAGGCGGACGGGCAGGCAGGCAGGGGGAAGAGGAGGGAUGAGAGAGGUGUGCGCAAGUGAGGAGCUCCUCAGCUGCCAGGGCAAUGCAGGACUGGUGAAGAGAGGAGGAGGAGAAGAAGAAAAGGAGGACUGAAGGAGUACUGCAGUGACCUGCCAGCUUUUUAUUCUCCCCCUCCCUCCUUUUAACCUCUAUCUUUUGCUGCUUUUUCUUCACUUCCCUUUGCCAAUUACACCAUGAAGCUGCCUGCUGUUUGUUGCUAAGGCCUCAGUGAGAAUGGCAGAGGGGUCCAAAGACCAGGGAGGGGUCGGCACGACGGAUCCAGAGGAGGACUCCCCCAACAUGAUCGUCUACAGAAAGAUUGAAGACAUCAUAACACGAAUACAAGAUGAGAAGGCUGGAGGUGUAGCCAUCCGAACUGUCAAAAGCUUCCUCUCAAAGAUCCCAAGUGUCGUUUCUGGUGCAGACAUUGUUCAGUGGCUGAUAAAAAACCUCUCCAUCGAGGAUCCAGCUGAAGCCAUCCACCUCGGGAGUCUGAUCGCGGCCCACGGCUACAUCUUCCCCAUAUCUGACCACGUUCUGACUCUAAAGGAUGAUGGAACCCUUUAUCGCUUUCAGUCUCCCUACUUCUGGCCUUCAAACUGUUGGGAACCUGAGAACACAGACUAUGCCAUUUACCUUUGUAAGCGCACCAUGCAGAACAAAGCCAGGCUUGAACUUGCCGACUAUGAAGCCGAGAAUCUUGCCAGACUACAGAGGGCUUUUGCCCGAAAGUGGGAAUUUAUCUUCAUGCAAGCAGAGGCUCAAGUCAAGCUUGACAGAAAGAAGGACAAGGCGGAGAGGAAGAUCCUUGACAGCCAGGAGAGGGCGUUCUGGGACGUUCAUCGACCAGUGCCGGGUUGUGUCAACACCACAGAGAUGGACAUCCGUAAGUGCCGGAGAGAGAAGAACCCUCACAGGGUGAAGAAGUCGGUUUAUGGGGUUGCGGAUGACAGCCAGAACCAACUGAGUCCAGUCCACAUCAGCUCCCAGCCGGCCCGGAAGCCGACCAAAGAGGAUGUUCAGAAGGAGAUUACCUUCCUGAACAUCCAGCUGGACAGACACUGCAUGAAGGUUUCCAAAGUGGCUGACAGUCUAAUGAGCUACACUGAGCAGUUCAUGGAGUACGAUCCGCUGGUGUCACCUGUAGAACCCUCUAACCCAUGGAUCAGCGAUGACACUUCCUUCUGGGACCUGGAGGCCAGUCGUGACCCCAGCCAACAGCGUGUGAAGAAGUGGGGCUUCUCACUAGAGGAGGCGCUGAAGGAUCCAGCGGGGCGGGACCAGUUCUUGAAGUUCCUGGAGUCCGAGUUCAGCUCUGAGAACCUGCGGUUCUGGUUAGCAGUGCAGGAUCUGAAGCGGAGGCCGUUCCAGGACGUGCCAUCGCGGGCUCAGGAGAUCUGGCAGGAGUUUUUGGCUGAAGGAGCUCCCAGCGCAAUCAAUCUGGACUCUCACAGCUAUGAGCGGACCAGCCAGAACCUGAAAGACCCGGGUCGAUACAGCUACGAAGAUGCUCAGGAGCACAUUUUUAAGCUGAUGAAAAGUGACAGCUAUGCACGAUUUUUGCGAUCCAACAUCUACCAAGACCUCCUGCUGGCCAGAAAGAAGGAGAAGUUCACCCGCAGUGUGGGCAAGUCUUUGACGGGAAAGCGCCUGACAGGCCUGAUGCAGUCGUCCUGACACAGCCUGUGCUGGGAGGACACAGCCAGACCCUGCUGGUUGGGGGACUGCCACACAGGGGCCAGGUGGAGCUGGGCUGGACGGUGCUGCCGCGCAGGCUCUCUGGUCCCCCUCCGAGGCCCGCCGCCGUGCUGGUAGAACAGCGCCGCUGGUGCCGACGGAGGGGAAAGCACAGUGCUGAGAAGGGGAACCCAGCCAACACAUCACAUGGCAUGCAGCACAAAAUAAAAGCACAUCCAGAUAGGGCCGCCUGCUCUUCAUCACACAGGUGCAAAGUCGGAAUUUAGGUUUAACUAAGUCCCUCCGUUUUUGUUGUUCUGUGGUCAUUAACCUGCUGUUUUACCCAACACAAAUACAUAAGAAAGCCAAACAUUAAAACAAAUUAAAUCAAAGACACCGUAAAAUAUUUUGUGUAUUUUCUGUUUCUACAGCAGCCAGCAAUAAUAAAACACAUUGAACAUUUUUUUUUUAUAUCCUUAAACGAUUUCAUAGCAUAAUUUCAACCCCUUUGAGACAUUUAUUGUGAACGAGUAGACUGAAGGUGUAAUUUUUCACUACAUUCCAGAAUGUGACAUAAGGGCUUAAUGUAGCAACCCCACUGCACCGUUGCAUGUUUCAUCCAGACGUCCCAGUCCAGAUUGAAGGUUUCCACAACAGUGCUUUGCAAUGAGACUCAAAUAGGCCAAUUCCUUGCGCAUCUGACCGGUUUCAGGUUCCAAAGUCUUUUCUUUUGAGGCGAGGUCAGGAAACUCUGAGGCCUGUAUUCGUGCCUCCCAAGCAUGGUCGUGUGAGCCGUCGUGAUUGUGAGCUUGUAGCUUAGGCACAGUGAUAGAAAGCACAUGUGAAGUAGGGUCCACAUGAGCUGUUUUGGCUCCUGCUGUAGUGUCGUGUUCAACGUUUCCAGUGCCAUGGGUCCACCGCGUGGUGCGGAGACCACGGGGACCAGCGACAGAGUGUUACAGGACUGUACUCUGUGUUCACGUCAUCAAGUGACAUCACGAUGUGGCUCAUCUCCGUUCGUGGAGAUCCGACGAGGCCUGCCACCCACUACGGGAUCAUGUAUGUGUUUUUGUUUUGAUUUUGUUGCUUUGUUUACUGCAUGAAAAUUUUUUUUUUUUUUUUUCCUGUUCUCGAACCGACGUCCAUCUCUGUCUCUCCGUGUGGUUUGUGGUGCAUGUUGGACCAGGACACCUCUCAGCGAAAUGGACACUUAGCAGUGGGAACAAUGUUUGCCUCCUGAUGGGUGCUGUUACACUGAACUGAAAGGCCUCUUCCGCCACAAAGAGGAAGUGCUUGGACUCUGAAGAUUUUAGUCUCACAGCUCCCCCAUGAGGCCAGGGACGGUAUUGCAGUGAGAAACUAGAGUAUGCUGCUGGAUGAGUCAUUCUUUUUUUAUUAGUCAUUGCAAUGCACUGUACAGGUCUUAUUAUACAUGAUCCGUUAUAUCCUAAAUAAACGAGUGAGCUCCUGGUAUAAGGUAGAAAGAGACACUUGUGUUGAGUCCAUGUACCAAAUGUUAUCCUCCACACAUUCAAAACACUGCGUACCGAGUGCAUUGUAUAUGGUUACAUUUGUUAUUAAAAGAAAGCACACUUUAUUAUGAUGUGGCCACAUUACUAUGCAUGCAACAUUUCAGGGCAUUUUGUGCUUUUACAGUAGUUUCUCUAUCAGCAGGAUGGCUACUGGCACUCCAAAACACCUGAGCUUCUGCUGUCUGUUGAUGGGUACCAAAAUAAAAGCAUUUCUGGACCUCUC